GGAAGAAGUCAGCGAGGAGAAGGUGCUACAACCAGUUACUGACAAGGAACUGGAGGUCGACAUCAAUGACAUUUACCCAUUAGAGAAAGGUCUUGGUUUCCCACGACGUCCAUCGUGGAAUUAUGAGAUGACACGAGAGAACCUGCUGAGGAAAGAGGAGAAGUCAUACAGAGAGUACCUGGAUGACUUGCACUCCAGAAACCCACCUGGCUCUCUCAGCCACUUUGAGCACAAUCUGGAGACAUGGAGACAACUAUGGAGAGUUUUGGAAAUGUCUGACAUCAUUCUGCUCAUUGUUGACAUUAGGCACCCGGUGCUGCAGUUCCCUCCAGCCCUUUACCACCACAUCACAGGAGACCUACAUAAGCAGGUGGUCUUGGUGUUGAACAAAGCCGAUCUUUGUCCUCCCCCACUGGUGAUUGCCUGGAAACACUACAUGACCUCCCAGUUCCCCCAUCUGCAAAUUGUUUGCUUCACCUCCCACCCUGGACAGCCAAAUAGCACAGUACUCCAGAAGAAGAGGAUGAGGAGGAAGGCUGAUUGGAGUCACGCUGGAGGUCCUAUAGAUAUCUUCAAGGCUUGUCAGGAGAUCACGUCAGGGAUGGUUGAUCUGUCCAGCUGGGAGCAGAAGAUUCAGAGAGAUGCUGUUGCAGAGUGUCUGGAUGGAGAGCGCCCAGAUGAAGGAGCAGAAUCGGUGCUAAUGGAGCAUCAAAGUGAUAGUGCUAUGGAGAUGAGCAGCCUGUCACAGGAGCUCUACAAAGAUGGGGUUCUCACAUUAGGCUGCAUCGGUUUUCCCAAUGUUGGCAAGUCAUCCGUUAUAAACAGCCUAGUUGGGAGAAAGGUGGUGAGUGUGUCUAGGACCCCAGGCCACACCAAAUACUUCCAGACCUACUACCUCACCCCGACGGUCAAACUCUGUGACUGCCCCGGCCUGGUUUUCCCCUCCCGCGUCAAUAAACAGUUACAGAUCCUGGCAGGGAUUUACCCAGUGUCACAGCUGCAAGAACCCUACAGCUCAGUUGGUUAUCUGUGUGAGAGGACGCAAUUCCUCAGUGCACUGAAGCUCAGACACCCCAGUUUGCAAGACAGUGAACCCCAGCAAGGAAACCAGGGGUCUGAGGAGCUCAGCUGGACUGCCUGGGAUGUGUGUGAGGCUUGGGCAGAGAGGAGAGGCUAUAAGACAGCAAAAGCAGCUCGAAAUGAUGUUUACCGUGCAGCUAAUAGUCUUCUCCGGUUGGCAAUUGAUGGCAGGUUGUGCCUCUGCCUCAGACCACCAGGCUACAGCUGCCUGAGAGAGCAUUGGGAAAAUCACCCAGACUUGCCGGAGAUCAUGGCUCUUCAAGGAAGGUUGACAGAGGAGGAAGGAACAGGAGAGAGGGACGAUGAGGAGGACGGCGAAUCUAGCACAGAGCCAGAGGAAGAGAAAGACCGGGAUGCAGAUGAUGAUGAGGACGGAGAUGGGGAUGAUGAAGAUGAGGGGUUUGGACAUCCGAGACGGAAGGACGAUGAACCAUCUGGUUUCACCGUCAACAUGUACAAUGUCCUUCGGGAAAAUGAGUGUGAGUGAUCCCAGAGGGAAAGGCAAGCAGAAAGAAACAAGUUGUUCCUCUUUACUGACUUUUGCUCAUCUGCUCCAGUGCACCUUGCAUUCCUUGAUUGUCCUAAAGCUGCUUUCCUUCUCAUUUUUUGUCAUGUCUCCACUCCUCAUUUCAUUGAAUAACUUUUAAAAUCUGUUUCCUUCUCCCUAUAAUAUACAGAGCAAUUUUACGUGUUUCAUGCUGUGCCUCUGCUCUGCUUGUUCAUCCAAGAAGCUUAUUCUUCAUCCUCGCUUCUAGAAAUAGGUUUGGUUUAGUUUUGGUUUGAUUUGAUUUGAUCUUUAUAUUUUGCAUGUAGUUCUCAGAGAUAAAUUAACCAAUACCAGCCUGAAAUAAUUAUCCAGGCAAUCAGUCUUUUCAUUAAAAAGUGACCUCACAGCUGAGAUGCCAAAGUUCAGGAAAGGAUGAUAAAACAAUCAGAAUCACUGUUGAUAUGAUGUCAUUCACUGGAGCAACCAUUUGGCUCUCAGAUCAGUUCGAGAUUUAAGAACAUGACUUUAAAUCUUCUUUAUAGACCAUAGCAUGUCUCAGCUCUGGUUUGUGGGUUUGGGGUGGAAUAUGGGAUAUACUAGACUGAUAAAACCAACAUGUUACACACAGUUUUGCAGUAUUGUGACGCUGUGUGAGGAUCAUUUAUCUGAAUUUGGAUUUGAUUUAGAUUAUACUGUGUCUAACAAUGAUACUGUGCUUGGAGGAUUUUUUGGGGAUGAUAGAAGAGAAAUGGGUGUUCAAUUCUGUAUUGUUGGACGAGGCUGUUUCAGGAAUUAAACUUGUAGUGUUUUAACUACUACAACAGCUUUUGCUAGGUUCUGUUAGGGAUUUUACAUAUUCAGUUCAGGAUUUGGCUGCACUCAUUCAGUAUGUUUAUAUGCUCAUGACAGCACAGUGGGUCUAAUUUGACUAAGACUGCAUGAAAAUCAGUUGUAGGGACAAUUUGACUUUUUUCAAGGUAUGCGUGUUCAGUUUCUUGCUGAAAGUUAAAUAAAAACAUUGCUUGCAUUGUUUCAUAUAGUAAACAUGGAACUAUGGCUAGCUGCUAGUUAGCAUAGCUAUUAAAGACCAGAAAGAGAUAACCUGACUGUCAAAUGUAAACAAAAUCAAACUGACAGCACCUUUAAAACUAACAUUUUAAAUCUAGUCUGCUUACUUUGUGCUGAAAUCAGAUAAAGCAGCAAGCUAUGGUUUAAGUUUUUUCUUCAUUUAUUUGUUCCCUGAGCAGUGAAUUCCUGGACUUUAAUACAACCAACAGAGAGUCAGGGAAGUUACUCAUCUCUUUUGAGAAACUUUUUUUUUACUUUAAUAUUUUCUACAGCUUAAAUAAACAGGUCUAUACUGGUGUGUAUUACAUUUGGCCAGGCUAGCUGGUUCCAGCAGUUUCCAUUCUGCACUAAGCUAAACAGCUGAUGAAACAUGAUUAAGUGAAUUUCCCAAAAGGAAAACUAAUUUUUUCAUCACUCAGAAAGAGAAACUGGCCACUACAGCUUUUAUUGCUUCUAGAUAAUAUUUCUUUCUCUGCUGUUUGACCAGCCUCUCCCUUUGUUUUUCGGUGAUGUGUGAUGCGUGCUGUAUUAUUGUGUGCUGUUGUACCUCUUUCAUGUGUUCACCAAGGGAACGUUAACAGCACAGUGCUGUGUUACUGUGUAAUACAUCACACUGCGACCACAUGUGGUAUUUCCACCAUUAGUACAAUGAAAGCUGAUACUGAACACUACCAUGCUGUUAAAAACACAACAGGGUUCUAGUUGCGUUGGUAUGAAUUUUUUCUGGCAAUAUUAAAACUGACAGCGUAUGGAGUUUAUAAUAUCAGUGUAAAGGCUCAAGGUGUGUGCAGGCUACUUGCUCAUUCCUUUAUUUCAUUCCUAGUAUGCCUAAUGGUGACUGGACUGCUUUCUGCAAUAAAAGGAGAUAAUUCUGUGAA